AUGGCCGAGUCCAAGUGCCCCGUCCAUGCGCGUGUUCUCAAUGCCAAUGUCGCUGGUGCUGGCACCCGGAAUAAUGACUGGUGGCCAGACAGGCUACAGCUGAACAUCCUUCGUCAGCAUACACCUGUAUCAAACCCGCUGGGCGAAGAGUUCGACUACGCCGCGGCAUUCAACAGCCUCGACUAUUUUGCCUUGAAAAAGGACCUGAAUGACUUGAUGACCGACUCGCAAGACUGGUGGCCCGCUGACUUUGGUCACUACGGUGGCCUGUUUAUUCGUAUGGCAUGGCAUAGUGCCGGUACAUACCGUGUGAACGAUGGUCGUGGCGGUGGCGGUCAGGGCCAGCAGCGCUUCGCUCCACUUAACAGCUGGCCGGACAACGUCAGUCUUGACAAGGCCCGUCGUCUGCUCUGGCCUAUCAAGCAGAAAUACGGAAACAAGAUUUCCUGGGCUGACCUGCUUUUGCUGACCGGCAAUGUCGCCCUUGAGUCCAUGGGUUUCAAGACCUUUGGCUUCGCUGGUGGUCGUGCCGACACAUGGGAAGUAGACCAGUCCGUUAAUUGGGGUGGCGAGACGACAUGGCUUGGUAAUGAUAUCCGCUAUGGCGCCGGCAAUAAGGGCACAACCAAACCGGGGACAUUGUCUGGUGAUGAACCGGGCCAUAAGAAUAUUCAUACUCGUGAACUAGACCAGCCUCUUGCCUCUGCUCACAUGGGCUUGAUCUAUGUCAAUCCUGAGGGACCUGAUGGCAACCCAGACCCUGUCGCCGCUGCCCGAGAUAUCCGCACCACCUUUGGCCGCAUGGCUAUGAAUGACGAGGAGACAGUGGCGCUCAUCGCAGGUGGCCACACCUUUGGCAAGACUCAUGGUGCCGGUCCGACCAACAAGGUUGGCCCCGAACCAGAGGGCGCAGAUAUCGCACAACAGGGAUUGGGCUGGAGCAACGCCCAUGGGUCCGGGAAAGGCCCUGACACCACCACCAGCGGUAUUGAGGUUAUCUGGACCAAGACCCCAACCAAAUGGAGCAAUAACUACCUCGAAUACCUCUUCCGCUAUGACUGGGAAUUGACCAAGAGUCCCGCCGGCGCCAGUCAGUGGGUGGCUAAGAACGCUGAGCCUUUUAUCCCCGACGCAUAUGAUCCAUCCAAGAAGCACCGACCAACCAUGCUCACGACCGAUCUUUCGCUGCGCUUUGACCCAGCCUACGAGAAGAUUUCCCGCCACUACCUGGAGAAUCCCGACAAGUUCGCCGAUGCUUUUGCGCGCGCCUGGUUCAAGUUGCUUCAUCGCGAUGUCGGUCCUCGCGCUCUUUAUCUAGGCCCUGAGGUUCCCUCUGAAGUGUUGAGCUGGCAGGACCCCAUCCCAGCUGUCGACCAUCCGCUCAUCGACAGUCAGGAUAUUGCGUCUUUGAAGGAACAAAUCUUGAGCACCGGCAUCAACCCGUCCAGCCUUGUCUCGACUGCCUGGGCAUCCGCGUCGACUUUCAGAGGCAGCGACAAACGCGGCGGUGCCAACGGUGCUCGCAUCCGUCUCUCUCCUCAACGCGACUGGAAGGUCAACAACCAGCCCUGGUUGGCCGAGUCCCUUACCGCGCUCGAGAAGGUGAAGAAGCAGUUCAAUGACGCGCAACCGUCUGGAGGAAAGAAAGUCUCGCUCGCAGACUUGAUUAUUCUCGCGGGCUCCGCGGCCAUUGAACAAGCCGCUCACAAUGGCGGAUACUCCAUCAAGGUUCCCUUCACGCCAGGCCGCACGGACGCAUCUCAAGAAGAAACCGACGUCGAAUCGUUCGGACACCUAGAACCCAUCGCAGACGGAUUCCGUAACUAUGGCGGCUCGACAUCGCGCGUGCGCAGCGAGGAAUGGCUCGUUGACAAGGCACAACUCCUGACUCUGUCUGCACCCGAGCUGACUGCUCUCGUGGGCGGUUUGCGUGUGCUAAACACCAACUACGACGGGUCGGCGCAUGGUGUCUUCACCCGUCGACCGGGCCUGUUGACAAACGACUUUUUCGUCAACCUGCUCGACAUGAACACAGCCUGGAAGGCGGUUGGUGGCGAUGGUGGCAGCAGCACAAGCGAUCUGUACGAGGGCACAGACCGCAAGACCGGCGCGAAGAAGUGGACUGCCACUCGUAACGAUCUCGUGUUUGGCUCGAAUGCGGAGCUGCGCGCUAUUGCCGAGGUGUAUGGCAGUGCAGAUGGCCAGGAGAAAUUCGUCAAGGACUUUGUGGCUGCUUGGGUCAAGGUGGCCAAUUUGGAUCGGUUUGAUUUGAAGUCGAGCAAGUCGUUUUCUCUUGCUCACCGUCUUUGA